GUGAUUCUGUUUAGAACGAUCGAUCGUUCAAGAGCGACAACUUCACUUUCCGAAGUUUUAAUGUGUCUGGUUCGAUUAUUUUGAAGCGUAAAGCUUAUUAUGUCGAAUACAAAACCAGAGCAGUUUGACAUUAGUCAAGGUACUCAUCACCAGGGCUCCGAUGAAGGGCGAGGAAUUUGCUAUUAUGUUCUGACUGCAUUUUCUUUCUUCAUUUUCCUCUGUACUUUGCCCUUUUCUUUGUGUUUCUGCCUCAAGAUUGUCCAGGAGUAUGAGCGAGCUGUCAUCUUUAGAGUUGGUCGAUUGCUUGCAGGUGGAGCCAAGGGUCCAGGUAUAUUCUUCAUUCUUCCCUGCAUUGACACCUACAGGAAAGUGGACCUCAGGGUUGUGUCCUUUGAUGUCCCUCCACAAGAAAUUCUUACUAAAGACAGUGUAACCGUUGCUGUUGACGCUGUCGUCUACUUCAGAAUCUACAAUGCAACCAUGUCCAUCACCAAUGUUGAGGAUGCCAACCGCUCCACACGUCUUCUUGCUCAAACAACACUCCGAAACACUUUGGGUACCAAGAACCUGAGUGAGAUUUUGACUGAAAGAGACAACAUCAGUCAUCUCAUGCAGUCAUCUCUUGAUGAGGCAACCGACCCUUGGGGAGUAAAAGUGGAGAGAGUUGAAGUUAAAGAUGUCCGCCUGCCACAACAGCUGCAGAGAGCAAUGGCAGCUGAAGCAGAAGCUACUCGUGAAGCCAGAGCUAAGGUCAUUGCUGCAGAAGGUGAAAUGAAUGCUUCUCGCUCCCUCAAAGAAGCUGCAGACAUCAUUGCAGAGAAUGCUCAAGCUCUUCAACUCCGUUAUCUACAGACACUGACUACCAUCUCAGCAGAAAAGAACUCAACCAUCAUUUUCCCUCUGCCUAUUGACUUCCUAAGUCGUCUUAUUCCAGAUGACAAGGGAGGAAAAGGUUCAAAAGAAAUGACCCCAUUUUAGAAAGCGGAAAUGUUGCAACUCCUUAGAUUAAAAUGGAAUCGGCAGUAUAUAGUUAUGUCAAAUGCACUUUGAAAACAUGAACUGUCUCCUGCAUAGUUCCAGGUAGCAUUGAUUUUGCUAUGCAGCAAAGCGACUGAUGAUCACAUCAUCACAGAAACCUGUCACACGUGCAGAAAAUGUUAUCAUAAAUAGGUGACUGUAAUUGCAUGCGCACUGCAGCUCUCUGGACCAAUCAUCAUAUGCUAUGGCAAAGGUGUAUAGUUGUACUUUUCAAGAUAAUUUAGGAACUGUAUAGGAGACUAGUGUCAAGUUAAUGUUGCUUUAAGCUUAAUGUGCAAAGGGCAUGAUUUUUUUUAUUGUGGGACAGUUAGAAUGAACACAUAUUAUACUUUGUCGUCACCAAAUUACUAUAAAAGCUUAAUUUUCUCAGAAUUAUAAAGCUGCAUCCAGUGAUUGACUUGGAAAGCUAGUUAUCUUCAUAAAAAUGUUUGCUAUUUGGGAAACAAAAUCAUGCCACAUGCACUUUACUAGUAAAGCCCAUUGUUUUUUUUACAAACAACACUAUAAUUGUGAAUUCACUAUUUAUUAAUGAUUUUUGAGGAAAUCAUGUACUCACUGAUGACUGUGAAAGGAAUAUAAUACUCUGAUAACAUUAAAAUACUAUGUAUUGGACACAUUAUAGCCUCAAAAAUUGCAAUAAACUGGAACAUAUUAGAUACA